AUGCAUCCUCUACUUGUGGGCAAAAUUAUAGCUCAAAAGCUUUUUGAUACCUCCGGUGGUCCCCUCCACUAUGAAUUAUCUCAUCUGCUUGGUAAAGGUGGUUUUGCUACUGUUCAUGCUGCUCGUCGUAAAUCAGAUGACCUUCGUGUCGCAUGUAAAAAGAUUGAUAGAAAAAAAUUUGAACAGGAAAAUGUUCAUCAUUUUCAAUCAUAUCAAACACAUCGUCAUCCAAUACCUAGUUCACGUUCAACAUCCAUGCUUGAUAGAUUAAAUGCUGAAAUAAAUAUACAUUAUGGAGUUAAACAUCCAAAUAUCGUUGAAUUAUUGAAUCGUUUUUGUGAUGAUAAUUAUGUUUAUUUAAUACUUGAAUAUUGUUCAAAUGGUGAUCUUGAACGUUAUUUACAAGAGAAAAAAACAUUAAGUGAAAAUGAAACUCGAAAUAUUUGUAAACAAGUUGUUGAUGGUCUUGUUUAUUUACAUACUGAGGGGAUUUUACAUCGAGAUAUAAAACUUUCGAAUUUACUUUUAACGGCUACAUAUGAUGUAAAAAUUGCGGAUUUUGGUUUAGCAAAACAAUUACCAUUAACACGUGAACAAACAAAUGAAACAAUGUGUGGAACACCGAAUUAUAUAUCUCCAGAAAUUGCCAGUCGAAAUCCACAUAGCUUUGCUACGGAUGUAUGGUCAUUAGGUAUUCUUAUUGCUACAUUACUAACAGGACGACCUCCAUUUGAUACAGAUACUGUUCAUGGAACAUUAAGUAAAGUAACACAAGAGAAAUAUGAAUUACCAACAACAUUUAGUGAUGAAGCUCAAGAUCUUGUGAAUAAUACAUUAAGAAAAAGACCAGAAGAUCGACCAACAAUUUAUGAAAUUCGUGAUCACCCUUUUUUUUCGAAAGAAUAUUCACGUUCAUCUCAUUCGUAUAACGAAUCUAAUAGUUAUCAAAAAUUAUCAUCUAUGGGUCCAAAUGCAUCUGUCGAUAGUGGACUUGGAGUAUCAAUGGGACGACAACGAUCUGUAUUGAAUAGUACUUCAGGAACGAAUGGAAAUUAUGCUGCUCAUCAAUACUCAUCUGAUCCAAUAACAUCUCCAACUCCAUCUCAUCAUGCUGCACCAAUGUAUAUGAAUACUACUGCACGUAAUAAAGUUCCACAUGAUGUUUUUAUAUAUCCUGUUUUAACAUCAACACCAGCUCAGCAACAACCUAUUCAUGCACGACAAAGCCCAUCAUUUAAUCAUCAUUCAAAUCUAAAUGAUUGGCUUAGUAAUGGAUCACAUAGUGUAAAUGAUCCACGUCCGGAUAGUGCUACAUCAUCAGUUUUAUCUCGUGAUAGUGGUGUUGCUCGAUCUGAUCCAAAAUCUUCACGUGAUUUUAGUGCAAAAUCUGAAACAAGUUCCAAAACAUCCCAUAUUAAUAAUAAUAAUACAGUUCGUAAUGGUUUACCAUCAUUAUCAUCAUCAAAUACAAUUCAACGUUUAUUACAACAACAACAACAACAUCCACAACAAGUACCAACAAAUUUUGAUCCAAAUACUGAUCAAAUACGUGAAAAACUAACACCAUUAAAUACUCAACGAUUAAAAAUUCUUCGACAAGCAACAAAAUCCUUUAUCAUGAGUAUUAUGGAAAAUGGUGAAGUUGUACUUGAAACAAUGAGAACAAAAGGUACAAAACGACGUAUUGUUGAUGUAUUUCGUGUAUCAAGUGAUGGUUUACGUAUAAUAACAUAUACACCAAAUAGUCGUCAUGGUUCACCUAUUGGUGAUCAUCCACCACCAAUACCACGUGAUAAAAAUGCUUAUCAAGAAUAUGAAUUUGCUCAAUUACCAUCGGAAUAUUGGAAAAAAUAUUUAUAUGCACACAAAUUUGUUACUUUAGUUCGUUCACGUAUGGCAAAAAUAAUACUUUAUACACCUGACGCAAAAUGUUCAUUAAUGGAAACGGGUGUUGAUUUUGAAGCAAUUUUUUUAUGUGGUGUUAAAAUUUCUAUUUAUCGAGAAAAUUUUAAAUAUGAUGAUCCAUUAAAAAUAAAAAUUAUUAAUAAUAUUGAUAAAUCCGAAUCAUCAUUAGAUUUUGAUCGUGUUGCAACACCAAAUAUAUCAGCUGUUGAACAUUUUAGUCCAGAAAUACGUCAAAUGCUUGAUAAUGCAAUUACAUUUUAUUCAUUUUGUUUAUCAAAAGAUCAAAUACUUGAAGAACAUCAACGACAAUUUCCAAAUAUUCAAACUUUUCCAGUUCAAUUUGGAAAGAAACAUGCACAACAAUCUGAAAACAAUAGACCAGGUUCUGCUUGUUCAAUUGGUCGUUCUCUUUCGCAACAAUUCGGUGGUUCAUCAUCAACCGUAAAUGAAUUAUGUAUUGCACCAUCAACAUCCGUUGGUACACCAUUAUCAAUGACAUCUACUCGACGUAUAUUUGCAUCUGAUACUGAUGUUCGAAGUACAAAAAAUUCUUCAUCUGUAAGUCCAAUGUCUUCAUCAGCAAGUAUUGCAAAUAGUAAUGUUCAUCAUUCAACAUCAUCAUCAGCAUUACGUACAGCUGGUUAUCAUCAUCAAGUAACAUAUACACCUCAAACAACUGUAUCUCGGCCACUUUCUGUUCAUCCACAACAAAUUAUUUCACCAUCAUAUAUGCCUGAAAAUUUAUCGACAUCAUCUCUAUCGAAUCGUCAACCACCACCACCACCCAGAGCAAAUAUGCAGCAUCAUUAUACAUCAUCAACAUCAUUGAAUUCAACAGCAAGUGGUGGAACAAUAACAACAACAACUAAUCCGGGAACAACGUCAACAAAUUCAUUAAAAGUUGAAGCUGUUGUUCAGUUAUUUGAAGGAACUUAUCAUAUUACAUUUAACGAUAAUAGUAUGUUGAUACUUCGAGCUGAUUGUGUUGAUGAACAAAUAUUUUGUGAUACACACGGUAAUGAGCAUAAAUUUGAUCGAAGACAGCAACAUCAACCUGAAGCAAUUCAAGAGCGCUUAGCACUCACGCUUAAAUAUCAAGCAGCAGAACAACAACAACGACAGCAGCAGCAGCAGUGA